AUGGACGGCCCCGUCCGCUCUUUCUUCGUCUCAACUCCAGUUCAAGCCGCCCGCCGGAGAGGAAAAGUGUUAGACGUCUCCGCAUCGACCUUACCUCAGCCUCCGCCUGGACCUCGCCUCACGCCGCCGCCCCAUCCUCUCUUAUUGAAUGCUGAAGCAAUCCAAAGCAAGAGCCCGUCUCAAUCUCUUAGCGAAAAUUUGUGGUUGAGGAAGCCGGCUUCUGGAUUUUUUAAAGUCUCAUACAGAGUUGACGGCCGGUGGCGGACUGCACUUAUGAACCUCGACGGGGACGAAAAAGGGUCAAUCGAGGACUUUGUUGAAUUUCAAACUACCAGCAGCCGCGGGCUGAUGGCGACUGAUGGAAGUCUGACCGAAACUUCGUGCGGCCCGACGAUAUAUCAACACGACCGCGCUACGCGCGGCGUCCAGAUCUCGAAGUUGGCGACAGCUCACGGUCAAGGAUGGCGGUGGCUGAUAAAAGGGUGGAAAAUUUUGGAAAAUGAGACAAUUAACAAGACUCCUGCUCUCUGUCGUUUUGAUAGACACGGGAUCUACUCGUCUUUGCCGUUGGCAGAGCGCUCGACUCUCAAGCGCGAUGAGAAGGUAGCAUUCCAACGUUAUUUUAUGGGUUUUAGUGAUUUGGUAGUGUUUGUAGCUGACAUUGUGACAAAAUUAGAAUAUUGGAUUUGGAAAGAAAUUGUCCUGUGUUGGACAAUUGAUCUUAGAAAAGAAAGAGGUCAUGCCUUGAAGUGUAGCCAUUACAUUCCUUUGCAGCUCCUGGACAACUCUCCUCUUCCUUGUGUUAUAUAUUGUCAUGGAAAUAGAAGGGCAUUUUCAGGAGCCUUGUGGAAUAUCUACUGGCAUCAUCAAGAUCCCCCAACAUUGAGCGUCAUUAGGGUGCAAAGAUCAAUUGCUCAAGCUGGAAUCACUGAAUGGAAUCAACCAAAG